CAGCCUUCUGGCUCAAAUCUUACAUCUCGAAUUUGAUACCACGCCUUUCUUUGCACACGAAUUGUAGAUCAUGUUGGUGCGACUCGGCCUGCUUACCAUUUGCAGCACGGCUUGCGUUGGGUCUGGAUUGAAACUCGAGAGCGACGGGAAAACAACCGGCACACCCACUGGGAGCAUCCAUGCAUUGAUGACGCGCGCUCUCUUCGAUUACCAGGACCAUGUUGAUCGAGUCCAGGCCAUGCGGGAGACGUGGGGAACAGAUCCUAACAUGAAUUUGAAGUUUCUCGAUUUUGGCGUUGACCGGUUCGAGACUGAAUAUCGUAACUGGUGCACAGAGAAGGCGAACUGCCCGUUGGGUGGCGGAUACUCUACAGCUGAAAGUGAGAUUAACGUACCUGCUGACAUCGUGGAGAGUGAAUUGUGGAAUUUGGACGGGCACAUUUGGGCAAUGCGCCAAGCUUUGGCCGAUCCCACCUGCCAGUGGAUUCUGAUCGGGAAGGACAUGCUCGCCCUUCAUGUGAGGAACCUUCGGAACUAUCUUGCUCGUUUCGACUCCUCUCAAUCGCUUGUACUUGGAAACCGGAUGGGAAUGGGCGGAUCGAAUUUAGUGAUGGCAAGCCCGUGGGGGCACAUAUUUUCAAGGGGGGCCGCUCAAGAGUUGGUGGAUAAUUGGGAAGGUGGAUUGAGACUUCGCGAGCCCAUUUACAAUACAGACUAUUUGAGGGCUCGGGGCGGUGAAACUGGUUAUGGCUUUGGUCAUGCACUAGGACAUAUGAGAGUUCCCGUACAAUUUGUGGACACAAGAGACGCAGAAGGUCAGGACCGUUUUCUCCUCUGGCCGCCAUCUCGUAUGGAUAAAGGUGAUUGGUGGGAUAGCUGGUACCCCAGUUUCCGCAUCGAGAAGCCUAAAGCUGCGCUAUCUCCAGAAGCGUUCCUCUUUUUCUUUGCAGGCGCAGAUGAGAUCCGAUUGCUGUCCAAUUUCUUUGAAUACGAGGGGGAGACCGAAGGCUUCGUCAACGAACACCAACGUGCUACUGGCCAGCGCAUGUACCAGAAGACCACGUGGGAAAUGCUCAGCACGCUCAAAUGGCAUAACGCAUAAAUGUUAUUGUUUAACUGUCGAAUGGUAUUUGAAGGAGAUCCACCGCGAAGACUUGAUGUUAGCAGUCUUACGUUAUCUUCAUAUUUGUCUCGUGUGAGUCGUACCACGACAAAGAUUCGCCAUCGUGCCUGUAUGCAUCCUGAUCGUGAUCUCAUCCCUGCUCGUUCUCUUGCUACGACUUCUCUUUGCUAGAAUUAUUGUGGCAGCUGCCUGCUUCAAUACCGCUGCUAAUGAAUAUUUGUGUUAUUUCUGCAUAUGCCGCGAGUGCGACGAAAAGUCAUGUGACUACAUCUAUGCACCAUCGUUGCUACUACAGCUACUUCUCACUUUCGUUUCCCUCAGGGGUGGGCUGGGCCCUCUCUGCGCGACCGCCUCGGGAACGCUGAAUCGCUGCGCUGACCUGAAUGAAUUCCACCAUCGGUGUUGCGCUCUUCGCUGUUGGUGUCGC